CACACACACACGUACGUCUGAGAGUUACAGCAGGCUCUUCAGAGCAGGAAAGCAGCACAUCCAAACACUCACACACAGCCUCGCGUGCAUUCAGACGCGCUCCUCACACAUACUCUGUCAGGGGCCCUUCAUCCCUUCAAACUGAGUGAGCCCAGCAUGCCCUCCAGGAGCGUGGACUGUAUUAUCUCCACCCUCAUCGCCUGUGCGGUGGACGUGGAGGUGUUCACCAGUCGGGAGGUCAAGGAAAUGUUUGAAGCGCUCUUCCUCGCGUACGAUGAGGGUGUGACGUUCCAGCAGUUUAAGAGCUUCCGACGUGUACGAAUCAAUUUCAGUAACCCCAAAGCAGCAGCCAGCGCUAGAAUAGAGCUGCAUGAGACACCUUUCAGAGGAAAGAAACUUAAACUCUAUUUUGCCCAGGUGCAGAAUCCAGCAUCCGAAGGAGACAAUUUGCACCUGGCUCCUCCCCAGCCUUCCAAACAGUAUCUCAUCUCUCCUCCUGGCUCACCUCCAGUUGGCUGGCAACAGAUUGAUGAGGCCAAACCAGUUAUUAACUACGACCUGCUUUAUGCAGUUGCCAAGCUUGGCCCAGGUGAGAAGUUUGAGCUACAUGCAGGCACAGAGUCUACGCCCAGCGUGGUGGUCCACGUCUGUGACAGCGACACAGAUGAGGAGGAGGAACCAAAGAACAACCCUAAACCAAAAAUCAUCCAGACCCGACGCCCAGACCUGCCUGUCUCACACUGAACUCUACAGCUCCACACAGAGUCAGGAGGAUUUAUCCCCUCCACCAUCUCCUUCACAGGACCUCUGCCACCCUCCUUCAGAACCUUAUUAAACACACACAGCAGGGUCUGAGGGACUCUGAUCUGUGUUUCUCAAUCAGCACACACAUGUAUACAAUACUCAAUGUGCUGUCACACAAUUGUUUUUUUUUUUUAUGUUGCAAUACUCUGUGUUAAAUAUGGCCGCUCUGUGUAACUCUUUCCCAAUCUGACUCUGUUGUAAUGUCAUCUGAUCACCAGUUAGAGGCAGCAUGUACCCCGUCCCUGCUCUCACCUACAUUUCUGAUUGGCUCCUGGGCCGUGGCACAUGAUAGUGUCAGAUGUGCCUACUGGCUGAUAGCUGGCCACUUGGCUUUGCUCUUGCACCAACUAUGUACCAUUUGUACCCAGCAAGCCAUUAAUAAUAUUACUUUCUUCAUAAGGGCAUGCUAGCCACUAAAUGUGGCUAAACACCAGCGCUGCAUGUGGCACCCCUAGAAAUAUGUCUUGCCUAACAAAUUUCUGUCAAAUAACCCUAAUAUGGCAAAAACAGUUCACUUUUGCAUAGCAAAAAGUGCAGACCGCAAGAAUCGUUCUCUUCAGACCAGUGCAUGUUCUGGUAGCAAACUGUACGUUAUUAUUUCCCGCUUUGUAUAAUUGUCUAAGUGUCUUGCCAACAGUGUUCUUACAGAAAAGCGAUGCUUUUCAGAACGAUAAGAUGACAUUUUGAUCGCACCUUUCAAUGGAACCUAUAUGAGUUGCUUCCUCAAUGUGAAUAAUUUUUUGUCGUGCUUGUGCCCUUUUCGAGUCGGAAACCUUAAACCUAACUUUUUUUUUUUUCUGUAAGCUCCCACUUCAGAUAAAUGACAUAACUUUGUAAUCAGAUGUCAUUUAAAGAAAUCCGUAUUAUGCAUGGUUACUCGUUUCUAGAAUUUAAUGUAUUUGUCCCAAAUCAAUAGCGCUCCUCGUUUGUCUGUGAGACUUCAUUCACACACAAGUUCAUUUCUAAUCAUGUCAAAGAAAAUGGAUAGGAU